CCGCCCCAGGCGCCCCGCCCCGCGGCUUGAAGCGGCUGGGGCUGCGGCCGCCUGCGAGUCGCUCGUGGGGCGUGGGGCGGUGCUGAGGGAGUCGAGGCCGCGGCCAGCUCGACGCCGGGAGUGUGUCCAGCGAGCGCAGCGCGCCGGGAGUCCGCAGCCAGAGCAGCCCCGGAGCCGAAGCCGCAGCAGCAGCCGAGCCGGCCAUGGCGUUGUCGAUGCCGCUGAACGGGCUCAAGGAGGAGGACAAAGAGCCCCUCAUCGAGCUCUUCGUCAAGGCUGGCAGCGAUGGUGAAAGCAUAGGAAACUGCCCGUUUUCUCAGAGGCUCUUCAUGAUUCUUUGGCUCAAAGGAGUUGUGUUUAGUGUCACAACCGUGGACCUUAAAAGGAAGCCUGCAGACCUGCAAAACUUGGCUCCCGGGACCCACCCACCAUUUAUAACUUUCAACAGUGAAGUCAAAACGGAUGUGAAUAAGAUUGAGGAGUUUCUUGAAGAAGUGUUAUGUCCUCCCAAGUACUUAAAGCUUUCUUCAAAGCACCCGGAGUCGAACACUGCUGGAAUGGACAUCUUUGCCAAGUUCUCUGCAUAUAUCAAGAAUUCAAGGCCAGAGGCUAAUGAAGCGCUGGAGAGGGGUCUCUUGAAGACAUUGCAGAAACUGGACGAAUAUCUGAAUUCUCCUCUCCCCGAUGAGAUUGAUGAGAAUAGUAUGGAGGACAUUAAAUUCUCUACACGAAAGUUUCUUGAUGGCAACGAGAUGACGUUAGCCGAUUGCAACCUGCUGCCCAAGCUGCACAUUGUCAAGGUGGUGGCCAAAAAAUACCGCAACUUUGACAUCCCCAAAGGAAUGACGGGCAUCUGGAGAUACCUGACCAACGCCUACAGCAGGGACGAGUUCACCAACACCUGCCCCAGUGACAAGGAAGUAGAGAUAGCAUACAGUGACGUAGCCAAAAGACUGACCAAGUAAGCCAGCGCUUGUGAAAGAGAUGCCUUGCCGAUCUUCCCCGACGAACAUGCUUCUCUAACAGACGGCUCCUCUUCCCUAGAGUAGACAAUGUAUGUUGCAUGAGCAUUGCAGUUACUCAAGCUUAGGAUCAAGGCUAGACCAGGUGUAGUCAUUACCGUAAAACAUACACUCCUGAGCAGUAUUAUUGGAACAUCCCGUGCCCCAUCCCCGGGUCCCAAAGACGCUCCUCCGCGGGCUGUCUCUGGCGGGGAGAUCACCCCUUCUCUGGACCAUCACCGUGGGCAGCUGGCAGGACUGCUGAACUGCAGUUUCCCUGAACUGUUCCACAACAUCACUCAGCCCCAAACUGGUGCAUAAUUCAUGAUACAAGGAAUAUUUACGUAUUGGGGAGGGAAUUUCAGGAUAUUUAGAAAGAGUAAAGGAUUGCCACUGUAGCAGAAA